AUGGCGGAGCAAAACAAUGCCACAAAUGGCACCAAUGAAUCGCCAGCCGUGCAGGUCUCUGCCCCUGAACCAGCUACUUCCAACGGGCCCAGCAACGCGAAGGUCGGAUUCGCCAACGGUAAUACCAAUGGCGGCGACGGUAAACCAGCGCCGCGCAAAACCCAUACAUUCGGCCGCCCUCUCCGGGCGCUGACCCAGAGAGGUCCUCCUGGUGGAUAUGAUGAUACUCCACUCCCAGACGUCCCUCAAGGCUAUACACUCAAAUUUACCUUUCACCGGGCAUCAAACUUGCCCCCGUCGGAUCUCCAUUCCAUGUCCUCAGACCCGUUUCUUGUGGCUACAUUGAAGACUUCAAGCCCCAAACGACACAAGGAGGACCCCGACUUAACUCACCGGACACGCACCCUUAGAAGGACAACUGAGCCUGAGUGGGAAGAUGAGUGGAUUGUCGCCAAUGUCCCUCCUUCUGGCUUCCAACUCAAGUGCCGCAUUUAUGAUGAGGAUUACCCCGAUAGUGAUGACAGACUGGGCAAUGUCACCAUCAAGGUGCCAAAAAUUGAGGAUCAAGGAGAUCCCAUCCCGUUACCAGGAAAAGAGUUCGAGGCAAAGCGCCACAUGAUCAGCAAGCGAGCCUUCUUGUUCAAAGGCAUCACUGGCAUUCUCACCCAUAAUUUUCAUAUGACGCCCCAUCUCUGGAUCAGCAUUGAGAUUUUGGGCAAGUCGGAUCCUCCGUAUGCUCAGAUGUGCACUCUCGGUCCCACCACCUACUUCAAACACUUCAGUCCCAUGAUUGGUCGCCUUGUUGGCAUUAAAGUUGAAGUUGAUGAUGAGAGCCCAGGUGCUGAGGGAGAGCAGCCGACACCAAACAAGAACGAAAGGAAGACAGAGAAAUACGAUUUCCAAGCCAUUGAAUUGCAGCUUCAGGGACCAGUUCCGUCGCGGCUGUAUCAUCGCUAUGUAGAGUUUCGGCCGAUUAUCAGCUCCAUGUUCAUGUCAAAGGGUCUACGCGGCAAGAUUCUUAACGCCGCUUUACACAAGCAGCACCGCAGGGUCUACAAUUUUGAUUCAUCUACCGAGUAUGGUGCAUUCGAGCCCCGCUCGGAAGAGGCAGCACUGCAAUUCUUGAAAUUGGCACAAUUUGGAGAAGGCAAUCGGAUCUUUACCUACGUGAUUACUCUAGACGCCUUGAUGCGUUUCACCGAAACCGGCCAUGAGUUCGGAAUCGACAUGCUCAGCAAACAUACCAUGCAUUCCAACGUGGCAAGGUAUGUUGCCUGCUCGGGCGAAUUCUUUGUCCAAAAACUUCAUCACAGCCACCGAGAGGAAUCAAGGCUACAUGAAGAGGACACGAUUGAUGUUCCACGGCCCAGUACCAGUUCACGAAGGCCAUCGCCUGUGCGAGACGUGUCCCAGUACGAAGUGGUUAUCGAUAACGAUUCCGGAACCUAUCGCCCCGACAAGCGCAUCCUGCCUGACUUGCAGCAAUUUCUGGAGGAAAACCUGCCAGGGUUGAAAAUAACCGUCAAGUCAAGCGACGACGAGGAAUUGCAAGCAACUAAGGAGGCUCGACGCAAUGCGAAGAAGCAAGCGGGCCGAAUCAUGAAUGUUGUGAUGAACGUCAGCGAUAGCAGUCUCAGCUCUGCCGUGAGCGACUUGGAUGAUCGCGAUAAUUGGGAGUCAGGACAGCCGAGCAAGCGCGAGGCUGCACUAGCAGCGGUGGAAAAUCCUGCCUUGGCGAAGCAGGCUCUAAAACGAUACAUGCCGAGACAUGGGACUGGCGCCGUUCCUACGGUAGCUAACGGCGAGAAGAGUUAA